AUGGCUGUGCCAGAUGCAAAAGUGAAAUGCGGAGAGGAACAACCUCAGUGUGGCCGCUGUGUACGCCUGGGCGUGCGAUGUCCAGGCUAUGCACAAAACCUUCGAUGGGUCAGCCAGCAGGAGCAACAGAGCAAGGGCGCAGUGCCGGGCAGCAGAGUAUCCGGGGCUGGAGAAUUGUCGAAUUCGCGCAGACAGUCGACCGCGUCUUAUCAAGGUGACGGCGCUACCCCAGCUAGAGGAUCGGGUAGUCAACAUUCGCUCGAUUCGAAUCAGUCAGAACAUGGUGCUGGUGUGGCGGUUCCAACGGAUAACAAUCUUUGGAAUCUAGCGGAUGGUGGUUCAAUGUCUGAACUGUUGGAUCUCUGUCCAUCACCCCCAAUGGCCUUGCCCAUGUGCACUUUUUCGCAGAGUCACAUCACGCAUGACCUCAGACAAUCUUCUGGCACCACGGAAGAUUUGUCUCAUUUGCUCUCUAUGACUGACCCGGUCGAAGCGGCACAGUCCAAUUGUACAGACAAGGUCAGUGCCUGGAGGCAUUUCGCACCCUCUUCCAUUGUGCGCAGCUAUCCUCCGGCGCAGUCUGGUCUACAGGCCUCUAGCCGGGGGCUUACGACAAUGUCACGACCCCUCAAUAAUCCUUCGUGGACACUCAUCGAAUACUACUUCAAAGAGGUCGCUGCUCUCUUCUCCAGCUAUGACAGCCAAAUGAACCCGUUUCGUACCACAGUGUCACGCCUCUGGGGCUCAUCUUUAGCCAUGUGUCGAACCAUGCAAAGUAUGGCUGCUGCGACGCUUGUCAACGACUUUCCAGAGUUUGGCCCUUUGGGGCGGAAAAUGCGCGACGAGGCUAUUGAUUUCAUCACCCGUGAGCCAGUCAUGGAUGACAGAUCUUUGCUAGCCUUGCUCAUGCUCGGUCAAACAGCAAGCUGGCAUGAUCCGAAAGAUCUAGGCGUCUCAUUUUUCAAUCUCCUACGGAAACAUGUCACUGCGUCGGAAUUUCCUUCGGGCGGUGUUCAUCCUGGCCCAGCAAGGAACACGAGCAAUAAUUUGCGAUUCUUCAAGGAGGCUCUUAUCUACUGGGAGAUGUUGCUGUCAUAUGUGAUCGAUAAUGAUUCAACGACACCACCAGGCAGCCAACGUCCCUUGUCUCCAGACGAACCCCUUGUCCUUCAGCGAAUCCCGCAUCCUUGGACGGGAAUUGCGAGAGAUACGCAAUUCACCGUACAAGAAGUCGGCCGAUUGAUUCGUCGCGAACGCAAACGAGUUCGUGCGCGACAGUUCACCUCCCAGGAUGAGAUCCACCGUGCCCAAAUGGCAAUUAAAGAGGCCAAAGACCUGGAGAAACGACUUCUUGGACUGGCUCAUCCGUCCGAGUCCGAGAUUGUUAGUCCCGGCGACGAGGACACUCCUGUCUGGCAUCUACUCACCAUGGCUGAAGUCUACCGCUGCACGGGACUGAUGCAGCUCUAUCGUGUCUUUCCAGAUCUUCUUCGUAAUCGCCUCUCUUCAUCUGCAGAGAACAUUGCACAAACCGACGCGCAUCCCUCGAAUACUCCCCCUCCCUUCAUCUUCACUCCCACCAGUCCACCAGACCAUCCUCGCUCCCCCGCCUCCGCCUCCUCCUCCCCCUCCUACAACACUGCCGCCCACGACGAAUGGCUCACAGAAUUCACUAUAACAACCCUCUCCCGCCUGAAAACGAUCCCAAUCGAGUCUCGCACCCGCUGUCUCCAACCAUUUCUCCUCGUAGCAUCCUGCAGCGAGCUCCGCUUGCCAGGAUCUCCCUCCAACACAGAUAUCCCUUCCUAUCCAGACGAUAUCAACAACGGAGACAACGGCCUCAACGAUCUCUCCGCCGACACGCCCACCAUUUCAAUGGGGGCUAUCGAGGUAUCUCGCACACGACGAUUCAUACUAGGCCGUCUCACGUCCUUUUUACAUGUUCUGCCGCCGAAACCGAUCAGUGUGUGUGUGAGACUCGUGGAGGAGGUAUGGAGACGCAUGGAUGCGGGUCGGUCGGAUACGUAUUGGGUGGAUGUUAUGAUUGAGAAGGGGUGGGAGACGACGAUGGGGUGA